AUGGAAGUGAAAACCAAGAGAAGAGCUGUUGCUGAGAGUGCAGAUACUGGAGAAGGCUUGGUUCUUCUCACUUCAAUUGGGAAUGGAGAGGAUUUGGGUCCUAUUGUCAGGCAUGCUUUUGAAAUGGGGAAGCCAGAGUCUCUCUUGCAUCAACUCAAGAGUGUUGUAAAGAAAAAGGAAGUUGAAAUUGAGGAGCUAUGCAGGCUCCACUAUGAGGAAUUCAUCCUUGCUGUUGAUGAGCUCCGGGGUGUCUUGGUCGAUGCCGAAGAGUUGAAGGGUGAACUCUCAAGUGACAACUUUCGGCUACAGGAGAUUGGGAGCUCUUUGCUUUUGAAACUUGAGGAGCUCCUUGAGUCAUACUCAAUCAAGAAGAAUGUCACUGAAGCUAUAAUGAUGUCAAAGAACUGUGUUGAAAUCCUAUACCUCUGUGUGAAGUGCAAUGAGCAUGUAAGUGAAGGUCGGUUCUAUCCUGCUAUUAAGACUCUUGACAAAAUAGAGAAAGAUUUCUUGCAAGAUGUUCAUGCAAAGACCUUGAGAAGGGUGAUUGAGAAGAGAAUACCAGCAAUAAAAUCACAUAUUCAGAAGAAGGUAUGUACUGAGUUCAAUGAGUGGUUGGUUCAUAUAAGGAGCAAAGCUAGGGAAAUUGGACAAACAGCCAUAGGACAGACUGCAUCAGCUCGUCAAAGGGAAGAAGAGAUGAGGGCUCGUCAGAGGGAAGCUGAGGAGCAAAGCCGUGCAGGGUUAGGUGACUGUGUAUAUAUGCUAGAUGUUGAGGAGAUAGAUGAAGAGUUAAUUCUCAAGUUUGAUCUUACUCCUGUCUAUAAGGCAUUCCACAUUCAUCGUUGUCUUGGGAUCCAAGACCAAUUUCGAGACUAUUACUAUAACAAUCGGAUGAUGCAACUCAAUCUGGACUUACAGAUAUCAUCAGCACAACCAUUUCUUGAAUCCCAUCAAACAUUCCUAGCUCAAAUUGCAGGGCACUUCAUAGUGGAGGACCGUGUCCUACGUACUGCUGUAGGGCUAUUGUCCUCUAAUCAGGUGGAGACCAUAUGGGAAGCGGCUAUUUCUAAGAUCACAUCACUACUGCAGGAACAAUUUUCUCGUAUAGAUACAGCAAGCCAUCUGCUUCUGAUCAAGCACUAUGUGACUCUUGUGGGAGUGACUCUGAAACACUAUGGCUACCAAGUUAGUCCCUUACUAGAGGUUCUUGACAACAGUAGGGACAAAUAUCAUGAGCUUCUGUUAGAGGAGUGUGAGCGCCAAAUGGUUGAUGUUCUUGCAAAUGAUACUUAUGAGCAGAUGGUAAUGAAGAAAGAAUACGAGUACAACAAGAAUGUUUUGGCAUUUCAUCUCCAAACCUCAGAUAUAAUGCCAGCUUUCCCUUACAUUGCACCCUUCUCGUCCACUGUUCCUGAUGCUUGUCGCAUUGUUCGAUCAUUCAUUGAGGAUUCUGUGAGUUACUUAUCUUAUGGGGGCCGCAUGAAUUUCUAUGAUGUUGUGAAGAAAUACCUUGACAAGCUGUUAAUAGAUGUGUUGAAUGAAGCUCUGUUGAGAACCAUCUACAGUGGUACAACUGGUGUUUCCCAAGCAAUGCAGAUUGCUGCCAACAUAGCUGUUCUUGAGAGGGCUUGUGAUCUCUUUGUGCAGCAGGCAGCUCAACAUUGUGGGGUCCCUGUUCGAACAAUUGAGAGGCACCAUUCUAGUUUAAAUGCCAAGGUGGUUCUGAAGACAUCAAGAGAUGCAGCUUAUCAUGCUCUGUUGAACCUUGUUAACUCUAAAUUAGAUGAGUUCAUGGCACUAGAGAGUAUCAAUUGGACGACAGAGGAGGUUCCACAGAACCCAAAUGACUAUGUAAAUGAAGUGGUGAUAUACCUCGACACUGUCUUGUCCACAGCUCAGCAAAUCUUGCCUUUGGAUGCCUUAUUCAAGGUUGGCACUGGGGCACUUGAGCACAUCUCCAACUCAAUCGUCACAGCUUUUCUAUGUGACAGUGUGAAGAGGUUCAAUGCAAAUGCCGUCAUGGGCAUUGAUAUUGACCUGAAGGUGUUUGAGAAUUUUGUAGAUGACAGGUUCUAUACCACUGGACUGAUUGAGAUGACCAAGGAAACUAGGCUAAGAGAUUUCUUGAUAGAAUCUCGACAACUGGUUAACCUUUUAUUAAGCAACCAGCCAGAGAAUUUCAUGAAUCCAGUGAUAAGGGAGAAAUACUACAAUGCACUAGACUAUAAAAAGGUUGCUACCAUUUGUGAGAAGUUUAAAGAUUCUCCUGAUAGGUUGUUUGGAAGCCUUUCAAAUCGAAACCCAAAGCAAAAUGCUCGAAGGAAGUCUAUGGACAUGCUAAAGAAAAGAUUGAAGGAUUUCAAUUGAUAAGACUA